AUGUCGCGAACUCAGGAAAUCUCGACGUUGUCGGUGGAUGAGACACCGUCUAUCCAUCUCAAAUUCAGAACAGCCAUCCGUGGGGAGGAAGUCUCGAAUGCCUUCGGAGCAGAUGAGGAAAUCAGCCGAGAGACUGCUCUAACGGCACUGACUGCGGCAGAGGAACGGAAGUUGAUCCGCAAAGUCGACUGGCGAUUGCUACCUCUUCUGUCAAUGCUAUAUUUGAUGAAGAAGAUUGAUGAGAACAAUGCCUCCAAUGCCCGCAUCAUGAACAAGGGGACGAGUGAAAACAUACUGACACAACUUGGAAUCACCUCCGACCAAUUCGGCAUGAUUACCAUCCUGUAUACCGUCCCUUACAUUUUAGCAGAGAUUCCGUCAAACUUGGUCUUGAAGAGAAUUAGUCCUUCCCGGUGGCAGUCAAGAAUUAUGAUAACCUGGGGCCUUAUCACGGCUUGCACCUCGGCAGUGACCAACCUCGCGGGGCUCUACACCGUGCGUUUCUUACUUGGACUGGCAGAGGCAGGGAUGUUUCCCGCUAUCAUCCUCCAGCUCACCUACUGGUAUCGUCCUGAUGAGAUAGCCGUCAGGCUCGUCUGGAUCUUUACUGUCGGAAAUGUCGCAGGUAUAAUUGGAGGAAUUCUUGCAUACGCUUUCCACCUCGUCUCGGGAGCUUACGACAUUUCUGGUUGGCAAUGGCUAUUCAUAGUAGAGGGAGCUCUGACCAUCGUGCUUGCGUUUGUGGUCUGGUUCUUCCUGCCUGAUUUUCCCGCGACGACUAAAUGGUUGUCACCGACAGAAAAGGCUUUCCUACAAGCACGACUACCUCAAAACUCUCCAAGGGCUGUCGAAAAGAAUUUCGUCUUCAAGGAGAUUCUCACAACGCUUCGCGACAAGAGACUGUGGCUUUUCACGCUCAGCUGGGCUCUCAUGACUACCGGAAGUAGUGGCGUCAAGUUCUACCAGCCAACCAUCAUUUCCAACAUGGGUUUUAGUGGUAUUGCUACUGCCCAGAUUCUCAACAUACCCAUGUCAGUCGUUACGAUUGCCCUCCUUCUGGGCUCCGGAUGGGCGUCCAACAAAGCAAGAAUUCCGAUCCCUCUAUUUCCGAUCGCCAGUUGCGUCAUCACUGUGGCUUGCUAUUCCGUUUUGGUUGCCUAUCCUCACGACAUCGGUGUCUACAUUGCUAUGAUUAUUGGUAAUGCAUUCUCUAUCGCCUGGUUUCCUAUGAUGUGGUCGUGGCGUUCUCAAACUGUGAACGGAGCAACGGGUUCUGCAUUCGCUAUCGGUUUCGUGAACAGUUAUGGACAGAUUGGUGAUGCUAUUGGGCCGCAGAUGUUCCAGGAUGUCUAUGAACCGCGCUAUCAGCUGCCAUUUGGGCUCGCGAUGGGACUCGUAAGCCUUUGCGGGGUGACCAAUGGCUAUACCUGGUGGGUUACGCGUCAAACGGAGAGAGAUACGAGGAGACACAAGCUUGCCAGACUGCAAGCAAAGCUUCAAAACCAGGCCGUUCUCGACGACGUGACUGAUAGUGAUUUGAAGAGAGACGCAGCUUGA